CGCCGUCGCCGACGGCAAGAUGGCGAAGCGCUCGCUGCGGCGUCAGGCACGCUCCGUGGACGCUGUGUGAUUUUAUUGCGCGCUGCAGAACAACUCGCGUAUUUGCACCGCUGGGGAGCGCCGACGAACAGAAGAACGUUACGCUGAGGACGCAUCAGUGGAAGAUUGGUGCGGCGUAAGACCAGCGUUCGAGGGGCAUCUUUUAUAGCGUAGCCUACUGCUUUUCCACCAGUACCUACAAGUAGAAGUCUAGCUCGCUGGUGUAACACCUUCGAGCAGGCUUUCAACAGCGAGCUCCGAAGUUUCUUUGUAUAGAGUGGGAAGAAUUUGAUGCCACAGUGAGCAGACGGGAGAAAGGAUACGAGAAAAUUGACAGUACGGUAAAGAAGAAGCUAAAAUUGUGGCGACGUGGAAGCGGAAGCGCAGCCGCCGCAGGCAGCAACUACGUGAGAAUGGACGAAUGCUCAAAGAUACAGGAAAUUACGCCCCAACGGGCUUCUGCCAGCGCUGGUUCCGCCCACAGCCCGACGCCGGCGCCGAGGCAGCCCUCGUGCACCAGUUCGCCCAGCUCUUCCGGGCCCCUCGUGUUCCCGACCUCCCCGCCACCUUCGUACGAGCACGUGCUGGCUGAGAACCGCAUGGCGGCGGCGCAGGCAGAGAGCUCUGCGGCCGCAGCAGCAGCAGCAUCGGCGGCGCAGCAGGAAGCAGGCACCCCCACGGGCAGGACGGAGAUUCUUCACAAGUCCAGCAAGGAGUUGUACCGCGCCGUCGCCGCGCAGUGGGGCAUCACCUGCAAGAUGAGUGACCACUGCCGCUGCCUCGACUGCCAGAGCCGAUACUUUGACUGUGAAUAUGACCAGAAUGAGCAAGAGAAAACUGAUGGAGGGCUUAGUGCUGGAACCCCAAUGUUCAUCUCUGAAGUCAUCCACGGAACAGCCUGCAGCAUUCUUUGAAUGCAUUUUCAUUGCAGAAAGGCCUAAAAUAUCAAAAAGUAAUAUAAAAAUUUAAAAAUAAUAAAUAUAAAAAUAUGUCAAUUGAACUGCUUAUAUAUGAAAUGCAGUAAUGUAAUACAUAAUCUGCUUCAUUGUUUUAACUAUAUCAUGAAGGACAAGUUCCACUAUAUUUUAUUCUUUAUAUGGGUGUGUUUUAUUGUAGCUAAUAUGACAUGUUAUGACAGCAAUACUGGUAGACACAAUAUCAAAAUUAUAUCUGGAGUUUUUCAGAGUUGUAAUUUUACACAGUUUUUCUUUGAAGUCUGGUAUUAGAAAAUAUAAUGUGGGAGGGAGGGUGUUGGAAGACACCCUCACACAAGCCACCAACUAAUUAUACAUAAUCUAUCAGUUUCUCAUCAUAUAAAAAAUGAAUGUAGUUUUUACAUUCAACAAAGGUAAUAAUGAAUGCAGACAGCAUAUCUUAAAUUCAUCAAUUGCAGACAGUCUUUUUCUGAAUUCUAGUUAAUCUCAUAUGGUGAAUACCAGUAACAAGCUGUCAGUCAUGCUUUUCUAAAUAUGUGUUCUAUGUUAACAGUGGCUAUAUCUAUAGAAACUUUGUAUGUUGUGUAUGUAAUCAUAAAAUCUCAGAUGUUGUAAGGAAAGGUAAAAUAUCCAGUAAAGUCAAAAUUUGCAUAUAUGAUGUAAGUGAUAUGAUAUAUUAUGACUAUAUAUUAAGUGUCAUGUAUUUUAUAUAUGUCUAUAAAUCUGAACAAGAACAAUAUUAUCACCAAUUUGUUGUGAAAUCAGACAGACAAUUAUUUCACUCAUUUCAUAUUCUCUGGAAAAAAGUACAGACACAUAAUGGUUUCACUCAUUUAAUAUUCUUCAUAAAAAAGUAUAUGAACCAAAGCAACAUAUUUUCUGUUGCAGUCAGUUAAGUUUCAUUAAGACAAAGGUUGUCAUACUUCCCUGAAAUGAUGGCAUGGGUAGUAACAUUACUUAUUUAUAAUUCAGAGACAGCAACAAUGAGUGAAAGAAAACACUGGUGAAUGUUGUUUGCUCUGUGGUUAUUAUGCAGAGAUAUUAGUCAUGAUGUUCAGCCAAAAUCUCUUUAAAAUGUUACUACUUUUUAGUUUAUUAGAGAAAAUAAAGACAGUUCAUGUCACUGUAAAAAUAGUGCAGUAAUAUUUCAAAUGAUUUAGUAUAUAUUAUACAUGUGUAGAUUACUAAAUGGUACUAUGUAUUUAUCCAGACAUUUACUGUGUGUAUCUUUUCCUGCUUUGGAUGUUGAUGUUGAUAUUGAUAUUGGGCUCACAAAAUAUUUGCAGUAAAUGACUGCAUUAUUGAAGUGGCACAACACUUUAUCUGACCUAUAUGGUAAUCAUUGAUGUGCUGCCUCUGACUUCUGUAGUGUGUAGUCUGUAAUAUAUAAGAUAUACAAAAUUCUGAAAGCUCUAUAAUAUCUUUUCCGAGGUGGAAAUUGUAGCUAAGGUCUGCAAUUUAUAAAAAUAUAUAUGUUGUUUAUACAGGAUGAUCAGAAACUUUCUGAAAAGCUUGUAAGGGUCUUGUAGGAAAGGUUGUGCUAAGAAAUAAUAGUUAAAAAAUUCGAGUUAAUGAGCACUGAAAUUAGCCAGUCAGACCGUUGUGUGUGCAAAUACAAGUGGCCCACCAGAUACAAUUAGUUUCAGUUGUUCUCCUAGUGGAGGCAACAGCACAUGAGACUGUUCAGCCUUUGGAGCAGUUUUGGUCCACAUUACCAUUCCAUGUCCAAUCAUUGUAAAACUCUCUUGUUCAGUUUGAGGAAACAAAAUUAAGAACACAUUUAAUGGCACUUUUUCUGAUGGGCCACUUGAAUUUGCAUCUGAAACGGUCUGACUGGCUAAUUAAAUCAGAAAUGGUGCAACUUGCUAAAUUUUUUUCUCAACAAUCAAUUCUCAGCACAACCUAUCUUGCAAAACCCUUACAAGCUUUUCAGACUGUUUGUGACCACCCUGUAUAUGUAUUUAGUGUACUGAAAACGUGGAAAAUUGUAGUUUAUAAUUGUUAUACUAUUUUGAUUUAGUUUGAUAAUUUAUCAUGAAGGUUAUUUGUAAUGUGAACCAAAGUAGUAGCUAUAAAUUGAAUACACAUACCCAUUCUGCAUUCUAUUUUACAACUCUGCUAAAAAGAUAAUUAAAGAAAGAAAUUUUGGAGUGACAGAGCAGCCAGUACAGAUAAAGAGCUUUUAAACAUGAGAGAAGAGUUGAUUUACAAACAGUGAUUAACUACAAAAUUUAUCAUAGACUGUCAGCUACAUUCAGAUGUAGAACUGUUGUACUCCAAACAAAUACAGAAUAGGUGACUCAUUUAAAACCUCUAACUCCUAUAGUUUUGCAGCUGGUGAUUUUAGUAUUGGUGUGUCUAAAUUUAAUAAGCAAAACAGCAUGCACUAUAAAUACUAACAAUGUACUGAAAAAAAUGAAGGACAUGCAUAUAACAAAUAAAUCAUUUGUUAAAAUGUAGCUUUUAUUAUUUCAAUACAUUGCAACUGUAAGUAACAAGUACAUAAAAAUCAUAGAUCUGAAUUUAAACUUAACUACAAUUUCAAGAUAUAAAACUGCAUUCACCAGAAAUAUUAACUAUUUUUCACAUCUAAAAUAAAUAUACAGCAGUUUUUGUAAAUGAGAUUCCCUUACCAGGUAAUACUUCACAGUUGUUCAUAAUAGUAAACAUUUGUCUAUGAAAUGAACUUUUCAGGUAAAGUCUUUUUUAAUAUUCAUAUCAAAUUUCCACAAUAAUAUUUUUUAUUCCUAUCCUAAGAUUUUUCAUUGAAAACACACAAAGAACAUAUCUCAAAGGUAUCUGUGAAGAUCUUUAUAAGUAUCACAUUUGGAUCUGUUUUCAUUUACAGGAUGUGCUUAACCACAGAAACAUAUUUGUUAAUAACCAAAAAAGUAGCUGCAGUUGAAGGAAUUGGACACUAAUCGAAAAUUUCACUUAAUAGUACAUUAGAAAUAUGUUAAACCAUUUCUUUAAGUACCAUACUUUCUAAAGAUAUAUUUAAAAUAAUCGUAAAAUGUGAGUAGGUGCUCUGCCUAUAACGGCAAGGAGUAUCAUUACAUAUAAUAUCAAUACAUAAAAUUAUAUUUCUUAGCACUCAUUGAUAUCUUAUUGACCAUCAGAUUGUUGGUGCUACAAGAGUACUAAAGCCAGCCUGCAUUAAUCAUAUAAUAUGUCUUGUGUUAAUAAAGGAAACACACUUCUCUCUACCUCUAUUGAACUGAAUAAUUCUGAAGACAGUUUCAUGAAAUAUUAACAUACAAAAAUGAGUUGCUUGUGUAUUUCACUAUGCGUAAACAAGUAGUUCAGUUACAAAAUGUCUAUUGUACUAACUAUUCUUUCGUUAUGGAUGAUCGUUUUUUUAUUGUCCUCUGAUGACUGAAAAUGUGUUUCCCUUGUUUUUUUCGUAAUUUACUAAAGUUGCUGCAAAUUAUCCUUUUUUAACUAUUAUGGAAAUUUUGUAAUGUAAUUAGAAGAAUUCAGAAUUAUAAUACAUUACUAGAAUCGUUUCUUUGCUGAAAUACUGACAAGCAUGUUAUGUGUGUGGUUUUUAUACUGAAUAGAUAAUAAAAACAAGUAUGCAUUUGCAUAAAAGAGUAUUUAAGUAGGCAUCUCAUUAUUAAAAGUGCAACACAAAUGGGAAUCCUAUAAAGUAUUUGAUUGAUAUACACUCUGAAUAAAUUGUAGGAAGUAAAAGUUGCUGUUUAUUACUAUUCUUAAUUCUGUAAAUUUAUUUUCAAUUUUGAACACUGAAGUAUUACAAUAAUCUGCCAUUCACUUAUUUUAAAUUUCAAUGAAUAUUCGAUAUAUAUUAUUUCCCAUCUAGACCUCUCUCUACCUACAAUGAUUCCAGUUGAUGCAUUAUUAUAUGCCAUAUGAAUUUAUACUUCUCCUUUCUCUAUUUCUCAGUGACUUCACAUGCACCAAGUUUUAAAUAUUCCCAAGUAAUAUCUCUAAUUUGGCAGCAAUAUGUUAACUACUGCUUAUUUUUCAUUUUGUUCUUUAAUACAUCUGAUAGUUCGAUUUCUCAUGAAUUGGGAAGUACAUAUGCUUACUGUGCUGCUACUGUCAUGCAAUCUCCACUGUAUAAUACUGUUGCAACGUUGUUUAUAUCAUGAUGACCUUGUUGCAAACAGUUUGAACUAGCAUAAAGACAUAGAGUUUUUAUACAAAUUAACUGACUUAUUUACAGGCUUUCUCUUCUGAUACAGAAUAUGUUGAAUAAAUUCCUUUUUUUAAAAUGGGAAAAUUCAAUUGUUGUAUUUAAGUUCCACUGUAAUGUAUCAUUUAUUUGAAAGUGGAAAUUGUGUUAGUGCUAAUAUUUGUUACAGAAUGAUAUGCUUGAAUCAAUUUACGUUUCAGACUUGACAUCUACUUGAAAUCAGAUCAUAUGAUCUACCUCUGAAUGUAACUAUGGAGGCAACAGGAAUGAGCAGUAUUUAUAUUUUUAUGCGAAUGCUUGACUGUGCUAAAUAUUACUUAGGCAGGAAAGAAAUGUUUAGCAUAUACUUUUCAGAUUUUAUUUGAAUUUUAUAUGCAUGUUUCAGUCUGUGUAUUUACUUUAUAUGCAAUAUUUUCAAUGUUGUUGAUGCAUACCAUCAGAACACUAACAUCGUAACAUUUUAUAUGCAUGUUUCAGUCUGUGUAUUUACUUUAUGUGCAAUAUUUUCAAUGUUGUUGAUGCAUACCAUCAGAACACUAACAUUGUAAGAACUUCUGUGAAAGACAAGAAUGCCUAGAUAUACUGUUGUUAAUUAUUAUUAAAUGAAUGAAUAUCUGUUAAGUUAAAAUACUUUUCUUUAUUACAAAUUUUAAAUAUCUCAGGUCAAGUACAAAUGAGAGGUAGUGUGAAACUGUAUUACUGAAAUAAAAUCUACACAUCUGCAAUGAUCUUCAUUACAGGAAAGUGUAUACUGAAAUACGUUGUAGAAUUUUGAAUGCAGAAGGAUUUGGAUUGCAUUUUGCACCUGCUAAAUAAGGAUAUAACAAAUAUCUAUUACA